GAUGUUACAAAUUGUCAUUGCGCACACUAGUGCACAAUACGGAAAAUUGCGGUAACAGAAAUUUCGUUGGAGGUUAUGGCACGUGAUAAACAAUUUGCGGCUCACAUAGCGCGUCCGUCAUGAUGCCGCACGUGUAGAGUUUGAACUACAUUCUUUCGUACCACACGCAGGUACUCGAGCACUCGGAGAAGAAUAUGCAAACUGGUGAGCGUUCGUAAAACACUAACUAAAAUAAUGGAGCCGAUUGUAUCGAGAAUGUAUCGCGCAAGAUUCAUAUCGUUACGACGUUUUUCAGCAAAGUCGAAAGUUGUGCUUGAUGAGACGACGUCUACUUUAUUUUCUAAUGAUGAAAUGAAGUACAGGCAUCACGAGGGUAUUAUUAAGCCUAGAACACCAGACUUCCCAGAAUGGGCAUCAAAGGAAAUACGAGAUAUUUUGAAAGAAAAGCAUGUAUUGUUAAAAGAUAUUAAGGCGAGCGCAAUAAACUUAAAUCGUUACUUGCACAACCGGCGUCCACCAGUGGAAGAUCAUCAGUUACCUGAAAAGUUACAGAAAGUAGAAGAAUGUUUGAACGAACGAGUGACAGACAAUGAUCAAAAGAUAUCCAUAGAGGAUAUAGAUUUCCGAACGAACAGAAAAGCCAGAAAUAUUUUGAAACAAAAUGUUUAUAACUGGCAGCCGAUAAAGUUUGAUAAACCUACUUCCCUCACAUACUUGGUCGCCAGAAGUGUUCAGAAUUAUGUAGUUCUAUAUAAGAUUCUAAACGAGAUUAAACAACGUGACAAGAAUUUUACACCCAAGACGUUAUUCGAUUUCGGUUCUGGCUUCGGUACAGUCAUGUGGGCAGCAUCUGAGAUAUGGUCAAACUCGAUAAAGGAAUAUUUUUGUGUCGAUGUAUCGGAAGCAAUGAUAGAAUUGUCAGAAAGAUUAGCGAAAGCUGCAAAGCCUCAAAUCGCAGGAAUCUCCUAUCGUCAAUAUUUCCCUGCAUCUAUGCAACCUACUUAUGAUAUUGUAGUAAGUGCGUAUUCUUUGUUUGAAAUGCCGGGUGAAAUGGCACGUCUGGAAGCGAUAUUGAAACUUUGGAGGAAGACCGAAAACUAUCUCAUUAUUGUAGAAGAAGGAACUAACGCAGGUUUUAAAUUGGUGAACGAAGCGCGAGAUUUCGUCCUCAAAUACGCAAAUUCGAAAUACAAAACUGACAGACAACCCAGUUACGUUUUCUCACCUUGUCCGCAUGAUUUCAAGUGUCCGAGAUUCGUCGGAAACGAUGUUCCGUGUAGCCUCGUCGUUCGGUAUUACCCACUUAAAUUUCUGGACGCUACAGAGCACAAGUCGGAACUUUACUCCUACGUCGUGCUUAAGAAAAGUAAACGUCCGGAGGACGACAAGCAAUGGCCGAGACUCGUGGAACACACAUUAAAACGUCACAGACACGUAAUUUGUCGCAUGUGUGUCGCCAGUGGUGAACUGAAGGAGGAAAUCUUCACCAAGUCCAAGCAUGGAAAGCAUAUGUAUCGUUGCGCGAAGAGCACUAUGUGGGGCGACAGAUUACCUCUCAGUUACGAGCAACAACAGGAGAAUCCAGAAGAAGAGAAUCCGGAAGACGGCACAGCUAAUGAAAGAACUAUUUUAUCUCAGCGGAAGUUGAUCAGAAGUCUUCCAAAAUUUACCACUCGUUUCCGUGCAACGCCACUUAAAGGCUUGCCAAUGCAUCGUGUUAAUGCUUAUAACGUAAACAUCAGGCUUGCGAGAAACGUAUGGGAAGAGGGGCAUUUAAAAGCAGACCGAACGCUGGUCCACGACCAGUCCCGCUUAUACAACGGACGAGAAAAUUUCUCCAGGUGCAAGGUAAGAUAAAUUCAAGGAUUCGAG